AUGGAGGUGACAUGGAUGCGUUCUUGUGAGAUCUCCCGAUCAAUUACGAAAUACGUGUGUUUUGCUGAUCAAAAUUUGAUUCCAUCGCUCCGGCCGGUCUCUCAUUGGAUGAAUGAGGGACGUUACUUUUUCGGCGAAACCUAUACAACUUUCUUCAAAAAUUUUCACGUUGUGCCAGCGGCAUGGUUGACACUUGGCGUUGACGCUUUUCUAUUAUUACUUUACGCAGUAUGGAUUCCAUUAACCGUUGGAUAUUUUGAUAUGUUAUGUAUUGUUCAGUUGUGUAUUUCGGGAAGCGCGUUGAGCUUAGCGUGUUUCGGUAUGUGGAAAGAUCGACACAACUGUUUAUGGUUUCUUAUGCUUGUUAAGGCUUUACAAAUUGUCAUCUAUGUUCUCUUUAUGAGCUUCACAUGUCUUCUGGCGAUUUUCAACAAAAACGUUUUGCUACGGUUCAUUUCGUUGCGAUUUCGCACAAUCACAAAUUCGAAUGCUGAGCUGCACAUAGUGAUCGUGAUUUUUCUCCUCCUUCUCCAAAUGGUCUACAAUUUCUUUGCAAUUCAAGCUUUAUAUAAUGUUUUCGAUUAUUUCCGUCAUAAGAAUGCUUUCAAAUACGAGCAAUCAAGGCGAAUGUUCUUCGAGAAUACUCGAGAAUUUGGAUGGGUU